GAGCUUACAUAGAAUGAAGAACCAAGUAAGCAACACUUGAAGAGUGGAGAUAAUCGCUAAUCUAAUAUGUACCAGGAGGAUUUCAGGAACAUGACUGAAGGGAUCAGGAACAGCAGUGACUCCUCUUCUGCCUUCGUUCACAGCAGCACCAUGAGUGCCAUACUGGUCACUGUCUACUCAGUUGCCUUAGCUGGAGGUGGAAUUGGGUCCAUCACAAUGUCCUUCGUGCUGCUCAAGAUGAACACUCUGUCUGUGACCACCACUGCCUUCAUUAACCUGGUCGUUGUGCACAGCCUCCUCCUCCUCACGGUGCCCUUCCGCCUCCACUACUACGUCAAAAAGAAGUGGGUAUUUGAUAUGCCAUUUUGCAAAAUGGUGAGUGCCAUGGUGCACAUCCACAUGUACCUGACCUUCGUGUUUUAUGUCAUCACGCUGGUGAUCCGGUGGCUCAUCUUCUUCCAGUGGAAGGACAAGGUGGAGUUUUACAGGAAGCUGCAUGCCAUUGCGGCAAGCGCUGCCGUGUGGGUCUUCGUCAUGGUCUUUGGGGUGCCGCUCUUCUACUUUGAGUAUGGACGCUCAGGCUUAUACAAUAGUACAACGUGCUUCAAGUUCCACAAAGAACUACAGCACCAGAGUGUGAAAGCCCUGAACUACACCAUAAUUGUAGCUGUUGCCCUCAUUUCUUGUGUCCUCUUGGGCUUGCAGAUUUUAAUCCUGGUAAAAGUGGCGAGAAAAUUUUCCACCUCCCUCUGUUCACAUCAAGAAUUCUGGGCCCAGGUGAAAAACUUGAUUUUCAUCUGGGUCAUCAUAAUUUUGUUCCUUCCUUAUCACCUGUUCAGGGCCUACUACAUACAGCAUGUGAGUGAUUUUGACCAGUUAGAAAGCUACAAUGAGGUUUUUUUGAGCCUGACUGCCCUGAGCUGUCUGGACCUGCUGUCAUUCAUGCUGAGCGGAAGCCGUUUCUUCAAGCAAAAUGUGGGGAUGCUCCACAGGAGGCUGCCUUGCUGCUAGCAUCAGCCUCCUGCAGCAUGUGCAAGACCUGGGAUAGGACAGUGAUGGACAGGCAUGGCAAACUCCCCAGCAAGUGUGGGUGUGCUCUGGAAAUGGCACAACACACUCGCACAGGGCUUUGCACAUCAACUUCCUGAAGUAAUGGAACAAACUGCCUCCAGGCUCUCAGCUGGUAAACAGGAAGGUGACCUCAGCAAUUUCUUCAUGGUGCUAUCCAGUGAGCUGUGGAUGGACCUGGAUAAGAGGGAAGAGAGGUCAUGGGCUCUUCUGUCUUACUGUUUUUACAUCAAGAUUUGUGAAGUUAAAGGCACUAGGAGGAGACUUGAGAAUUGCAGUGUAGAAACACAAAUAAAGAAGCUGGUUUUUAUGGACUAAGGCACAGAUUUUUGAAACUUAAAGGUCUAUAUCAUUUUCCCAUACAUUUCUUAUUUAUUUCCCACAAGCUUUCAUAAAAUAUCGGGGAAGAUAUUGUUCUUCCUGAGUAGGUCUGUUUCUUUACUGUUAAGAGAAGCAUAACUUUCUAAGUGAAUUGAACAAUUAAACCAGCUAUCUAAAACUAAACCAGUGAUAGUUAUUUCUUAAAAUAUUUUCUCAAAAUCACUUUUGAGAUAGUGUCACUGCAGCAGAUUUUUUUUCUUUUCCACAUUACGAAAAUAUAUCUAAAAGAAAUUAUACACUGUUACUGAAAUGGACAUUGCAAAUUCAAUUUAUUCACAAAAUUGUUAAAUUUUGUAUUAUUAUUCACAAAAUUGUUCAAUUAAAAAUAUUUUAUAGUCAGGACAAUUUUUUCUUGGAUCAUUCAGACAGCAUUUGUCUUCUCUUCAAAAGAUAAAUAUUUUAGGUACCCAA